AUGAUGCGCUUAGUAUCCUCUUUUGUUAUUCUUAUUGUUUGUCAAAAAAUUCAUGGACUUGACCCUAUAACUAAGGAUGACACUCCAAGGAAAAACCAUGCGCAUCGUCGAGCGGUUGACGGAUCACGUGGAAACAAGUAUUACGAACCGGCGGUACAUGAUUCCUUUGACAUUUACGAUCCGUACGACGAAGAGACUGAUUUAUCGGACUACAGAAUCAACGUGCCUGGAGAACCGGGAGUUGAUUAUCCAUCUUACACGAGGAUUCCACAGACUAGUUUUACGUGCGAGCGUCAAUUCAGAGGUUACUACGCAGAUGAAGAAGCUGGAUGUCAAUUGUUUCACGUCUGCGAUGGUAAUUUUUUAGUAUCUUCAUUCUUAUGUCCAAUUGGUUCAACGUUCAGUCAACGUUAUUUGACAUGUGAUUGGUGGAACAAAGUUGACUGUUCCGCUACAAAAUCAUUUUAUCAGAAGGAAACUUCAUCGACAAGUGAAGUUAUUGAUGACGACGAUGAGUAUCUUCGCAAGGCUUACGAAAUGACUAGUCUUCAGUCAUCCGGGAACGGUGUUUCUGCAGAACCUCAAGAUACACCGAUUGAUCAACUAAUUAAUGAAACUCCGCACGUUAAUGAUCUACACAGCUCCGAGCGUUUUCCAGAUUACUCGAACGAUCGAAGUUUAGAUUAUUCGCAAUACAAGUACAGCUCAAGAUAUACAAAUUCGAAUUCAGCGUCAGGUAAUCGAGGUCGUAAUUCACGUUAUUAUUCACAACAGUCCAGUGAUAGUAUUGAAAAUAAUAAUGGUAAUAGCGAUAACGAUGAUGAUGAUAAUAAUAAUAAUAAUAAUUAUAAUGAUGGUGAUGAUCAAUCGUCAAUUAAGAUCCAUACUAUUGGAAGAGAUAGAAAAGAUCAAAUCAAUACGAGGUACAAUGACUUUAGACCUUCUUAUGCACCAACAGUACCAACAGUUACAACAACAACGCGAAGAUUUUAUUCACCAACGAUCCCUACGAUUGUAAGGUCAACACCGUCACGUUCAAGGCACGAUUUAGAAUUUGAAAGCUCCGAUCAUUUGUAUUCAGCUAAAGGGAAAAAUCGUGGAAGGAUUACUCCUCCUAGACCAUUGACGACGACGACCACCACCACUACUACGACCGAAAAAGUCACGUCUGUAACUCCAGCUUCUAUAAAAUCAACCUCGUCGUUUAUUUUAGAAGUUCCUCCAAUUUUAAAGGAAGAUGGUAGUUUUAAAUUGAAUAAAGUUUCUUUUCCACGACCAGCAAUUCGAUUGCGAGCGAAACAGAAUGAUGAUAUAAGCACCGAAAGGUCUAACUCUAUCUCUGAAUUUUCAACCAUUGAUUUAAAUCCUUUCUCAAUAUUUACCUCGACUGAGAAACCUCAGCAAGCUUCGGAAUCAACUGAAGUUAAUGCAUACACCAGAGUUUCUGGUACGGAGAAAUCUCAACGAGUUUCCGAGAUUUCAAGCAUUGAAUUUUAUCCUUAUAAUGACAAUAGCACCGAUGAGCAAUCAAAUUCUUUAGAACAGAAUGACAGAGCUAUCACCAGGCCUUCUUCAAGUAUUCUCCCACCGUUUUAUUAUUAUUCAAACGCUAACCAACAUGACAAUGUGUUACUUGAAAAAUCAGAAGAAUUGGGAAAUCAUUCGUUGUUACUAUCAACACCAUCGUUAACAUCUUCAUCGUUAUCUCCAUCUCCAACUACAUCUUCACCCGAAAUAAUUAAUAUACCUACAACACUUUCGUGGUUUCAAACUACACUGGAGUCUCCUGUCACUGACGUAAUUCCUUUAUUAAAAAAUGAGGUUGAGAUUAAAGAACAGGCGUACACAACAACUGUUAAAAGUGUUGAAAAAUCAUCAUCUUCAAUAAUAAAUACCACGGUAAUGGAUCUUCAGCGGGAAAUAAUAGAACCGCCGUCUAUAAUUUUUAAUCCGCCUCUUAUACAUUCACUUAUUGAGAUUGAAAAUUCAACAUACCCACCAGAAAGUUAUGAGUACACAUUAGUUGAUAAUAAAAAUGUUCAUAUAAGUACUGCAAGUGGUGAAGAGUCUUCAACAAUUUCUGAUCUUUUGUUGUCUAGCUUUGAGAAUAACCCAGCAAAAGAUAGUUUUGAGGAGGUGGAAGACGCUGCUGUUGGUGAAAGUUCUCCGGUUGAAGUGACAUUGACUGUUAAUAAUGAUGAAGAUUUAGAUCCGACUGGUGAAUUGAUAAGAAGUCUCAUUGCUCAGCACGAUCCCACGUCUUCUGAUUCAAUCAGAGACAUUGAAAUACUCAGAUCUAAUUCUCGACCUUCUUCUAUCAUUGAUAAUUAUCGGAGAAAUAAAGUUGUGACUGCUGCUACUGCUGACAACAGAAUAAAACAAAGAUCUAGAACAAGAGCAAGAGUUAAUACCGAACCGACGACUUAUUCAGUAAAACGAAGAAAUAAACUUAAAUUAAGAGCUGAAGAUUCAUCUACUGAUAAUCUUCCAAGACCAUUUUCAUUAUCACCACCUUCGUACUCUUCUGAUGUAACGCUACCCACUGUUGACUUCAUAGAACCACGACCAGUACACCCAUCAAGAAUACGAAAUACUGAAACAGUUGUUAAAGAUAAUUAUGAAAUUGGUAACACUAAACAUGAAGGACUUUUGCAAUCUUCUCAUACGUUAUUUGACUUACCUAAGCAAGAUAAAUUAUCAGAUUUUCAAGGCAGUCAUAACUUACCGCAAAAAUUUGAAAAAAACAGUAAGCCAGUUAUUCAGAAAAAUGAGACUAAAGUUGAAACUGAAGGCAAAGUUUUAGUCGAGACACAGUUAGUUCCUGCGCUGGGAUUUUCUCUUAAUACUGAUGAAGAAAGAGAAAAAUUUGCUCAUGCUGUUCUUCAUGGUUUGUUUUCAGACGUUUCAGCCGAAUCGAAUGUCAAGAAAAAAAUGGAUGGUGACCUUAAAAGUUGA